AUGAAGCAGAUCCUCAAGUCCGCAUACCAAUUCCCUCAUUGGCGAGCACGCAGAGCACGUUACUGUUCCCUCACGCCCGAAGACAAGCCGCCCAGCGCGAUACGAUUCGAGCACCUGGCAGCCAUGGUAGACGAAGCAAAGAGCCCGUGGAGGCGACGACCCAAACAGGUUGGACUUUCAAAAGCUGAGUAUUUUUACGCGUACAGAUCGACCCUUCGCGGUUGGGCUCGCACAGUCGCCGGGUGGGUCCAGCGCAGGGACCGCCUCAAAGACAGGCAAAGCGACGUAGACGCUGACCAUCUGCUGGACCUCGUGCUUCAACAGGGCGGACUGUGUGCAUAUUCUGGCGUACCGAUGGAACUGCUGAAGCAGAACUCGCACUGGAGGGUUUCCAUCGAGAGAAGAGAUACUCGUCAAGGAUAUGUCAGAGGGAACUGCUGCCUGAUUGCUGCCGAGUUCAAUUCAGCUGUGCACACAGGUACACCAUGCAACGACAAGUUUAAUUCCGCAGGGUCCGCACAGUGGUCCGAGGAAAAGGUUAAAGAGGUGCUACAUCUCCGAGCACAGCCAGUGCCAUUGGAGCAGCUGCAGGAAGACAUUGCGAUUGCAAGGCUGCGCCCUACCCGGACAGGCAGGAGCUGGUUCACGGGGUUUCGAGGACCAGAUGCAAAAGACAACUGGCGAUGUGGAAGUUGUGGCUUCUGGAAGCCGGCAGAGCGAUUCAGUAAGCGUGCUUCGGUCAGCACAGGCUUGUACAGUUGGUGCAAGAAAUGUCAGGCUUACUUGUCAUCGGUGCACUUUCGACCAAUGCGCGGCCAUGCGCUCUCGCUGCUGCGAAGCGCCCGACAGAGAGCUGCCACAGGCAGAUACUUUGGAAGUUUCAUGCUCGAGCUCGAUGAGGUUCUUGACAUGCUAUGGUUGCAGGGUGGACGAUGUUUCUACUCGGGCGUUCCUUUACAUUGUGCACCUGGCCCUGCUGACUGGGUCUGGUCCAUCGAGCGCUUGGAUAAUUCCGUCACAUACACCAAGGGGAACUGUGUAUUGAUCGCACGGGAGUUCCAGUCUAGCCUGCCAAGUUCUGUGCCAAACUUAGCGGACCUGCAGUCGGGUGUUCCGGAGAACGGAG